AUGGCCCUGAUCUCCAAAAUCCAAACCUCUAAUCGACGCCUCAUCGUCCCAAAUUCGCAGGGUUUUCCCGGCUCCAAACCUGAUCGAUUCGGCGGCGCUUCCGACGAUGGACGGCAACAAUAUUCCCCUCCCCAGGAGACCGACAAGUGGUGCUCGUACCAGUACCUGGGGAGGACCGGCUUCGCGAUCCCCACCACCGCGUCUCUGGCCGGCACCGAAGUCAGCGUCGACGAGAUUCGGUCCGCCGCCGCCGCCUCCGAUCGCCACCCGCCCUCGAUUCACGCCGCCCUCGUCUCCGAGCUCGAUCCCAGCGAGCAAGCAAUUGUCUAUCAAGGUGGAUAUGGAGAGGACUAUGGCGGAACCACCAGUGAAUUUCAGAGGCAAAUACUGGAUGAAGUAGAGAUACGGGAGUUGCUAAUUGAUCAUGUUGGUCAUUGCUGCUGUUGGGGAAGUCGUCCUGCUUGUACUUGGAAAAUUCACGCAGUUGAAGAUUGCAAUGUUUACGUGGGAACUUUAGAUACCUUUAUAGAGGAGAGAGAAAUUAUAAGAGAAACAGAACCCCACCGUGGUGGCAACAUCGACGGAAAGGAUAAGGAUUGUGAACUGGGAAUUUGGGAAUUGGAUCUGAGGUCUCAAUUUCCUGUCCUAUUUGUUCCCUACAAGGAGACACGGACAAAAGUUCCUCAUUCUGAGACUAUAGAGAAAUGCUCAGGUUGUGAUGGACGGGGAGAUCGAGUGUGUCCCACUUGCAAUGCAGAUCAGGAAUAUGGAUUUUAUAAAGAAAAUCAGAUGACGCCAUGCCCUGGUUGUCAUGGAAGAGGUUUAAUUGCUCAUAGAGAUGGAUCUGAUUCCAUGUAAUAUCUUUGCUCUGAAGCUUGCAAUUUUGAUUACAUAUUCCUAAGCUUUAUCUUGUUCUCGGGUCAUGAGCAUUCUUUUCCAUCUAGACUAGGGCUUAAUGUCUGCAUAACUCAAAUUUAUGGUGCAAAAUAUCAGUCCCAUCACCAUAGUUCAUGAUGUUGGGUGAGAUGAUUUCUCGCAUUGUUCUCGCUUCUCGCCGGUGGUUUCCGCCCCCUCGGAGCUCGGAAUCAGUGGCUUCUCGCAUUGUACCCUACUAUGCAUUCUUCAUAAUGGGAGAUUUACCCUCUUGACAAUUAUGUCAUAGCAUCAGAGUCUUCGAAUUGAGCAGUUCUUGAAUGUCGUUUGUGAGAUUAUUUUCCAAGAAAUGGUGGAUAUUACUUGAAUAAUAUCAACUUUGCAUA